CAUACUCGGAUCCCUGUAAGUCUCGAAACCAACUUUCUCGAAGCUGAAUAGAAAUCUUGAGAGGGAGAGGGAGAGUGUUAUGGGUUGCAAAGAGAGAGAUCUGCCAGAGGGAACUUCAACAAUGUCUUCGUCUUCACUUAACGAUGCUUUACUUUUCACUACUAUGUGCAUUAUAGGGUUUGAAGUUGAAGUUCAAGUCAAGGAUGGUUCUGUUUAUUCAGGCAUCUUUCAUACUGCUUCUGUUGAAAAGGAUUACGGCGUUGUUCUAAAGAAAGCGAUGAUGAUUAAGAAAGGGAAGAAGUGUACCAGUUUGGCUCAUGGGUCUGUUAUAGACACACUUGUUAUACUUUCGGGUGAUCUUGUCCAAGUAAUUGCUAAGGGAGUUAUGCUUCCAGCUGAUGGAAUCUCUAGCAAUGUUGCCGCUGAGGAUGCUGAAGCUGCCAGUGGGUCUAUCAGGCGCUCAGAAUGUUUAAGAAAUGAAUUACAGAUGAUAAAAUCUACCAAGCCUGCUCCAGCUAAGAGGAAACAAAGUAGCCAACUUAGGGGUUCCAACCAAAAUAAAGACAAGUCUGGUUAUGGUUUGACACAUGGUGAUAUUGGUGACAAGCAAAUCCGAAGAGAAAUUGCUGCAAAAUCAGCGGGUACUGCAGUGGAAUUUGAAAGCAAGAAAAUUGAUGGUGGACAUCCUAAUAAGAUAGAAGAAAGAUUCACUGAACCAGUUAUCAUAGUUGGGGGAAGUCAGGUUGGGGAAGACGAGCCACAAUUGAAAGAAAAGGGAUCUGUGCAGAAGUUUGAGGCCCAUAAGAGCAAAACGAUUCAUGAUACUAAAGUUCCUCAGCUAGUACUUGCUUAUAAAGGGGUUCUGGGGAUAUCAGCUAGCAUACCUGCAGACAGUAAAUUAUCUCUUGGUAAUGUCUCUUCUGACGGCCAGCCAGACCUCCAUGAUUGUGAGAGGCUGAGAGUAGUGGCAGAUGCUCCAGAAAGUUCAACCUCUUCCACAAAAGCUGUACAUGUAAAUAUGCAGUCAUCUGCCAACCAUCUGGCAUCUCCAACUGUCUCAGUUGCUUCAGCAGAUGUAAACACAAAUUCUAAGGACUUUAAGCUUAAUCCAGAGGCAAAAACCUUUUUGCCGGUACUCUCCGUCCCCAGAUCGGUAGCUCCUCCUGCAGCAGUAACAACUACGAGAUCCGGUUACAUCCAAAAUAGCCCCGUAGUAGUACCAGUUGCUGGUGCACAGGCAGACGCAGGAAUCAACCCAUUUGCACCUCAUUCAUCCUCACCCAUAAAGUUUGUCCAUUACAACAAUGUAGUGGCUGUAAAUGAUGUCAAUGCUUCUCAGUAUCCUCAACCAAUUGGUGGGCAUGUGACUAGCAGGCCUCAGCCAGUUAGAUAUGGUGGUCAUUACGCUCCUUUCCAAGAAGGACCUACAUAUGUUCACCCAAAUUUUCAAUCUGUUUUCGUUAGCCGACUGGGACAACAUGUUUAUGUGCAUCCCUUUUCACAUGAUAUAAUUCAGAAUGCCACAGCUCCCUCCAUACAUGCUCUGUUUUCUCACCCUCAGACCCAUCUGCCGAAGCAACAAGGAAUUACUGGAGCAAUGCAGGGAUUGCAAAUUUGUGUAGCUCCACCACCAUUGAUAUCCAGUGGAGGUCAGCAACCCUAUACCCUUCCCCUACACAUCCCCGUAUCCCAACCUCCUUUUCCAACUGUUCGGUCCAUACCUUUACCUGUUCCUAAUACUCAUUUUGUCAGUAAGUUCUUUUGAAUAUUUGUUUGUUAUCAAACCAUAGCAAAUUUUGACGACCUAUUUAGUCUUCUUUUAACAGUUUAUACACAUUAGACAAAUAUAUCAGUAAAGAGUUGAACAUGUAACUAUUUUUUCUUUCUAUUUUUGAUAAAA